GUGGCAGAAUGUACUGGAGCAGAAAUAUACUGGCCAAGCCGUCUAAAAAUUGGAGCAAAAACAAAAAAAGAUCCUUUUGUGAAAGUUUCUGGAACACCAUCUCAGGUCGAUGGGGCUCGUCAAAUGAUCAAUACUUACUUAAAGAUAAAACGUGAUCGAGUAACUCUCAAAAUUGAAAUCCACCAUUCCGAACAUUCUAAGAUCAUCGGACGGCAAGGUCGCAAUACUCAAGAUAUCAUGCGCAAAACUAUGUGUCAUAUUCAUUUCCCGGACUCUAAUAAAAAUCAUGAAGCUGAAAAAAAUGAUCAGUUCACUGCGCAGGGGAAAAAACAUUUUGUAAAACCGCACUGCACUUCUUUGGAAACUAUUUAUUUAGUUACUGUUUCUAUAUCAGGUUCUGUAGAGCAAGUUGAGCGUGCUCGGAAAUGGUUGCGUGAUUUGACUCCUCUUAGCUUAACUUUUGAGUUGCCGAAUAGGCCUUAUCAAUCCUUUCACGACAUUCAAAAGUCUGUUAACACUAAAGGAAUUUAUAUAACGUUUCGGGAGAAUUAUGACGGACAUCUGACAUGUUUCAUCAAAAGCACGCAACAGUAUGAAAGUGCCAUCGUAAAGUCGGUAGGAGAGAUUGCAAAAUUCUUUCAGUGCCCCUUGAAUAUUCCUUGUCAAACAGUUUUGACAGUACGUUCUUCAUUACGAGCAGUUGUUAAUAAGGAUGAUUCAUUGCAACAUUUGAGCGCGCAGACAAAUACUACUAUUCGGCCCGCUAUGAAUGAAUCGGAUGAAAUCAAUAUCCACAUCUCUGGCCCAAUUUUUGGAAUCCUUCAUGCUCGAAGAAGCCUUAUUGUAAAUUAUGAGAUAGCCAUUAACAACAACUUUAUAGGCCUGCUACCGGUCUCAGUUCAUUUCGAUCGUGUAGUAGAACCUAAUAGCGAUUUGUUUGAUAAACAUGUCAUAGAGGCGACUUACGGUGUUACGGUUUCCGAAAAGUGGAGGAAGUGUCAAGGACCGUCUAAAGUGUCGCUGGUCGUGGUGGUAAGCACAGAGCGUUAUGUGUCGGACCUUUUUCGGGUGCGAGAACGAAUUUUAAAUAUCUUACCAGAAUCUCGAGGGAACUUACAUGAUCAAAUAGAUGAGAACAGGAGCUUUAGUCCACGAUUAAUUGCAGAUUCUGGAAAUUUGGAAGGAUUACGCACCAAUAAUGUUUGCGACCAACACAAGAGUAGCGGUCAUGCCAUACUUAAAAAAAAUGAUUCUGUUUCUUUACCGCAUCUUUUUCGCGAUAUGAAUUCUCUAGCUAACGAGAAUCAGUCUGCUUUGGCUGAAUCGCUCAUAGAUCAAUCCUUCAGUAAUAGUAUAUGCCAAAAGAGUCAUUUCGAACAAAAAACUCCUGAUCCUACUCACUCACCAAUUGCUCACUCCGUAUUAGCCGGUGCAAAAAGAAUCGAUGAAAAACGUGCUCAGAAGAGGUCACAGUCGAGAGAACAGUUGUUGCUAAAAGCUAAUCGAGCAACCUAUGAUCCUUCUCUGACUCCAGUUCGUCAACCAACGGAUUUUUGGGCUGGUUAUGGGUUCAGUAAUUCUCUGCCUGCUGAAGUUCUAAAGAAUGGGUUGGGACUUUUUGAUGGUACUGCCAAUGGUCAGUUUGAGGCGCGUACAUAUAUUUCUCAAGAGUCGAAAGUCAGUGACGCCACGGUAUUAUACGUUCAGUCACAGUUCACGAAUGGACUUUCUUCGGUACUUGAAGAAGACGAAUAUAAUGGUAAUUCUAGUUCAAACUCAAACUCUUUUCUCAGUUCAUCCUCAUUUCACAACUUUCAACACCUCCAACAGUCUCUCUCAUGGCAGCCAAAGCAGGGUUUUUCUGCAUCAACAAGUGUCUUUGAUGUUGGUAAUGACGUGAAAUGGGACAUUCGAGUAUUUGUUGAUCCAGCAAUGGUUCUUGCCCAACUAGGCUGCAGUGAAUAUUUACCACAGUUCAGAGAGCAAGAGAUUGAUAUGGAAGCUUUUUUAUUACUAGAUGAAAAAAGCUUGCAAGAUAUUGGUGUUUCAACAAUUGGAGCUCGAAAGAAGCUUUUUAACGCUAUUAUAAGUACGGUAUUAGUUGAUUUAAAUUGAAA